AUGUGCGCCUGUGCCGCCUUUUUUUCUCCUACAAGUGCGAAUAUUUAUUAUCCGGCUCUUAAUACUCUUAGCCGAGAACUAAAAGUCUCCGACGAACUGAUUAACCUGACUCUCACCAUUUACUCCAUCUUCCAAGGCCUGGCACCUACUAUAAUAGGAGGUCUUUCUGAUAUAGCGGGCAGAAGGCCCGCGUACAUCAUCGGCUUCAUUAUCUACCUUGGUGCUUGCAUUGGCAUCGCCCUACAGGACGACUAUGUUGCAUUGAUGAUCCUCCGUGCGAUGCAGAGCACAGGGAGCAGCGGGACUAUCGCUUUGGCAAACGGAGUUGUUGCUGAUAUUGCAACAUCCGCUGAGCGUGGUACCUGGAUGGGAUGGGCGACAGCAGGCCCCAUGAUAGGUCCCGCAGCUGCUCCCAUUAUCGGAGGAAUUUUGGCGCAGUUUCUAGGCUGGCGGUCAAUAUUCUGGUUCCUAGUCAUUCUUACUGGCAUCUUCCUGGUCCCGUUUAUUACUACCUUUCCGGAAACCGCUCGCAACGUUGUGGGCAACGGCUCAAUCCCUCCUCAAGGCUGGAACAUGUCGCUGCUCAACUAUUUCCAGGCACGAAAGGCUCACAAAGAUUCCGAUGAGCUGACGCGCACCGUGUCCCGGGAAACAGAACGGCAAGCACAAGCACGUCUGGCUAAGCAACGGAAACUCCGUUUCCCCAAUCCCCUGAACACGUUGAGGAUCAUCAAGGAGCCGGAUGUUGGCCUGCUCCUGUUCUACAACUCACUCGUCUACACCGCCUUCCUCGACGUCGCCUCCUCGGCACCAUAUCUUUACUCGCAAAUCUACCACUUCAACGACCUCCAAGUCGGCCUGGCCUUCAUUCCCUUUGGCUUCGGCGCCUUCUGCGCCCCUCUCGUCAACGGCCGCAUGCUCGACGCCAACUACCGGCGCAUCGCACGCCAGCUGGGCAUGACGGUGGACCGGAAGCGGGGCGACGAUCUGCGAAACUUCCCCAUCGAACGCGCACGGAUAGAGGUUGCUGUGCCGCUCGUGGCGAUCGGCAUGGCCGCGCUGACGGCCUACGGCUGGGUCAUGCAGGCCGAGACGAACCUCGCCGCGCCGCUUAUUUUCUUCUUCAUCAUGGGCUUGACGAUAACGGGCGCGUUCAACGUCCUCAAUCUCCUGAUUGUGGACUUGUAUCCGCUUAGCCCGGCGACGGCAACGGCCGCGAACAACCUCGUGCGCUGCUUGGUUGGCGCGGGAGGCAGUGGUGUUGUUAUUUUCAUGAUUAAGGCUAUGGGCAGGGGCUGGUGCUUUACGCUCCAUGCGUUGAUCGUGCUGGCUGCUAGCCCGAUUCUUUGGGUGCUGGUGAAGUGGGGGCCGACGUGGAGAGAGAAGCGGAGGGUGAGGGCCGAAGAGGCGACUAAGAGGAAAGAAGAGAAGAGGAUGAGGGAAAAGGGGGAGAAUGAGAGGGUAUAG